AUGGAAACAAUGAAUCAACCUUCUAAAUAAACUGAAUUACUCAGAGCAAUCUAACAGAAAGACUCUUAUAAUAAAUUUUGUGUUGAUUGCAAUAAAAAUGAGAGCACUCACUGCUCUGUGACAUUUGGCAUUCUCAUCUGUGAGGAGUGUGCAGGGAAGCACUUAGAAUUACUUGGAAUGGAAUUGAGUUAUGUAAAACCAUUAUACUAAGAUGUUUGGGAUACCUUUCAAAUCAAAUUACUUGAAAAUGGAGGCAAUAAGAAAUUCUGGGAUUUUAUCAAACAAUAUAAUAUGGAAUUGAAGGAUAUUAAUGCCAAAUUUAAUAGCAAUCCUAUCAAAUACUAUAAGAAGAGAUUAUUCGCUCUAGCACAAGGAGUAGAAUUUAAUCAAGAGUAGCCUCCUAGAAAUGCAGAAGAAAUACUAAAUAGAGGGGUUGAUGGGGCUAAGAACUUGGGCAAAAAAGCAGGAGAAGGAAUCAUGAAAUUUGGUGGAUUAGUUGGAGAAAAGUUUGAAUAGAGUGGCGUUAAAGAAAAAUUUAAGGGUUUAUUCAAGAAAAGUAAUGAUUGA